GAAGAAACAGCCAUGUUUUGAGGAAGGAGACAUGCAUCAUCAUCAUCAUCAUCUCCAGCUUGUUACUUAAACUUUUCUUUCUCUCCAUCUUUUACCAAAUCUAGACACCAGAGCUUAUAUCAAGAAGACAAUGCAAGUUUUCCAAAGCAAAGAUUCAUUCCAGUCUACUAGGGAAAGCUCAGUGCCAACAAGCUCAAACAUUCAAGGAUCUCAAGCUUUAAGCUUGACAAAGAACAUGAUGAUGAUGUCUACUACACAACUCUCCUCGAUGAAACAUUCGAGUUUGCAGCUGCAAAAUCAAGAUUCAUCCUCAACGCAAUCUACUGGAGAAUCAGGCCGUGGUGAAGAUGCAAGCUUUGAUGAACCUACCCGUUAUGGUUGCAGCAGCAUUGCUGUUAAUACCAAUCUCUUAGGUUAUAACAAGUCAGCAACCACCUCGUCUAUUGUGUCUCAAGAGCAUGUGUUUCCUCCUACUUUUGGUCUACCAUCUUGGCCUCUUCAGUGUGCUGAAACAUCACAUCUCAAUGGUUUCUUGGCUCCUGAAUAUGCAUCGCAGUCAAUGGCGCUUUCGCAUUUGGAAAUGAUGGGUUUGGUUACUUCAAGGGUGCCGUUGCCUCAUAACAUCCAAGAGAAUGAACCAAUAUUCGUCAAUGCGAAACAGUACCAUGCCAUUCUUCGUCGCAGGAAGCAUCGUGCUAAGCUUGAAGCUCAGAACAAACUCAUCAAAAGCCGUAAACCGUACCUUCAUGAGUCUCGUCAUCUUCACGCUUUGAAGAGAGCUAGAGGCUCUGGUGGGCGUUUCCUCAAUACAAAGAAGCUUCAAGAAUCAUCAAACUCUAAGAGCUCGAUCAGACCAAGUUCAGACCGUGAUAACAUGUUCCAGAACACACCGUUCAGAUUCUCGGGGUAUCCAUCAACACACCAUGUCUCAGCUCUCAUGUCAGAGACUUGA